AUGGCAGCGAAAAAAAACGAACUUAAGAAAGAUGAUAAAAAUAAGGAACAAUCAGAUGUGGACAAAAUUCAAACACAAAUAGAAACUUCAUCAUUAACGGAACCAGAAGGACGAAGUGCAUUCCGGAAGCUGUUCAUGAAACUAGGAGAGAAAGUUGGUACCAUCAAGAUUUCUGAGCUUAGUCAGGAUUAUUUGGAUCAAGUGAAAGAAGUGGACUCUUAUAAGGAAAUGUUAUGCAAAUUGGCAGAAAGUAUUAUGCAUGUGAUGCAACAAAAUCCGAAAUUAGUACCUAAAGCAGAAUCAAAAAUGGAAUUUGAAUGUCCGUUAAAUGAAGAUCCUAUGGAAUUAUUGGGUAUAUCACUGGAAGGAAUGAGAGGAGAUUUUUCAGCUCAUGUUCAAGCGCUUCAGGCUUGUAUCAAUGCAUGUACAAAAUUAACUGUGUUACGUCGUUCUUAUCAUAAAAGAGGACGUCGAGCUAUUCAUUCUAUUCGAACAUUUAUCAAUGUCGAUUAUGUGUGUAGGACAUGCUUCAAUAUUAUUUUGCUGAAUAAUCAACGUCAACAGCUCAUUAAAUGCCGAGAAGAAAUGGAUUUUGCAAAGCAUGAAUAUGCAAAUAAUCCAACGGAGCAAAAAAAAGAAAGUUGUAAUAAAGCAAUUGCAAAAUUUAACGAACAAUCAGAAGAGGUUUUUAAAGCCUUAGGCACAAUUCAAUCAAAAAAAGAAAAGCAUCGUUUGGAGCUUAUCAAAAUAUUGGAUGAAAUGCGAAAAUAUCAUAGAAGUGCUGCUGAAGAAUGUUUGCUUGUAUGUAAAUCAAAGUGGUAG